UUCCCGUUCUGUGAAUUGCUGUCAGUUUUGGCGCAAAACAAAAGAAACGUUGAAGUUGAACCGCAACAGUUGGGUUCGUUUUUCGUGCAUUAUUUUUUAUUUGCAGGACAUAUGUGUCGAUGAAGUUAGCCAUCUUUUCGUCAGUGUAAUGCUACUGAAACACGGGCAAGGCGAAGCGCAAAAGAUGCAGAAUGUGGGAUAUUAUGAGCGCGUGGAAAAAAUCGGCGAAGGUACCUACGGUGUCGUGUACAAAGCGAAAGACAUCCGCACCGAAAAGAAUGUUGCCCUGAAACGCAUCCGGCUGGAAAGCGAAACUGAAGGUAUACCGUCGACGGCCAUGCGCGAAAUUUCGCUGCUGAAAGACCUGAAGCAUCAUUCUGUGGUGGAACUGUUCGACGUGAUCAUCGUAGAAACCAGCAUUUACAUGGUGUUCGAGUACCUGGACAUGGAUCUGAAGAAAAUGCUGGACCGCCACAAAGGCAGCUUCACACCGAUGCUGGUGAAAAGCUAUAUGCACCAAAUGUUGGAUGCCAUCGCGUACUGCCACCUGAAUCGUAUUCUUCAUCGCGAUCUUAAACCCCAAAAUUUGCUCAUCGAUCGCGAAGGACACAUCAAGCUGGCAGACUUUGGACUGGCGCGUGCAGUCAACUUUCCGAUCCGCGUGUACACCCAUGAGGUCGUCACGCUGUGGUACCGGGCACCGGAAAUACUACUCGGCACCAAGUUUUACUGCGUCGGCGUGGAUACCUGGAGUUUGGGUUGCAUAUUUUCGGAAAUGAUUCUAAAACGACCACUUUUUCCCGGGGAUAGCGAGAUUGACCAGCUGUUUAAGAUUUUUCGACAAAUGGGCACCCCGGAUGAGCGGAGCUGGCCUGGCGUUUCGCAUCUGGCGGAUUACAAGGAAUCUUUCCCUUACUGGGAAGCGCAACUUUUACCGAGCGAACUGCGGCACGACCCCGACGCACACACACUGUUCUGUGAACUGAUGCACUACGAUCCGACCAAACGUAUUUCUCCAAAGUGUGCAAUGAACCACCCGUACUUUGAUAACGUUCGUCUCGUACCGCCGGAACUUUAGUUCUGCCGUAAAGGUUAUCUAGGACCCUUCUUCUUCCCGUGCUCGAAAAGCAGAAUUUUCGACAAUUGAAACUGUUGAGCACGUGUUACGAUUGUGGGUAUUAAUCGUGGAUAUUUCAUAACCGUUUCUAAGGGACUAUCCUCUCGUUGACAUCUUUACGAGGUCUUAACGGCUUAUUUGUUACUCCCUGCUCCUCAUGUGUGAAUAAUGUUAACGUUUUUGCAUACUAAUAAAUGGACAACUAAUGUGACUGCAAUGGACAAGUCCAUCAAAAUAGCGUAACAAGCAACUGCGUUGAGUUUUUAAGCAUUAAUUUAAAACGGUGCGAAUUCUCUUCUCCUACAAUUGUUUAAAAUUUGUAAGACAAUCUUUAAUUAUGUAUAUUCGAUUUAACAUAAUUGAACAAAAAUGAUUUGGCUCAAAGAUGUACAAUGAGUCCAAACAUUUAUCCCAACAUAGGUUUGUUAGGAAUGAAAUUAUUUUUGAUUCAGGGAUGCUCAAUUUGGCUUUGUUCAAGUGGUGGAAUUGAACAAUUUUUUAAAGCGUCUCUCAAUUAACUUCAUGACGUGCAAGCUAGUUCCACUGAGAAAAACCUGCCUAAAACCAAUGAUUUGACAAUGCAUUUCACUCUAGAUAGCCUUAGAUUUAGGCCAGUCAAAUUGAAUCAGUAAUCUCCAGAGCAAACCAAAUGUUAGGUCUAAUACAUCGAAUGGCUAGUGUGUGCUAGCAUAGUCUAGAGCCUGCCGGUUAUUGUCCGGCAGAUAAUAGGUUUGGUUCGCUUUAUAGAAUUCGUAUAUAAUUUUGCAUGUCGGAUAUCAGUUGCAACAGAAUGUUUUUAAUAGGUUUUCCAGGAAGACAGUAUGAUACGAAAACCUUAAUAAUUGCUGCAUCCCAAUCAUUAAAACUGCAAAUGGCAAAUAAGACUAUAAUUAUACAGCGUAGCUACUAGUUAUUGAAAUUUAAAUUAAGCUUUAAAUUAAAUUUAGAACUUCUACAAAUUGAAUUAAAAAAAGGAAUAAACCACCUUUGUAAGCAACAUA